CUCAUGGUUGCGCCGACGUGCCACUCUGGCGCCCGAUGAGCGGCCGCCUCAUAAGGCACCCCGCACUCUUCGCAACGCCUAUCUCCGCUCCACCACCUCGCUGGCGGGCCCCGCAUUCUUCGCAACGCCUGUCUCCGCUCCACCAUCUCGCUGUCGCCCGACAUGUCGUCGUACGCAAGCAAGAACAUCCGCCCGCAGUACCGCCAGGUCGUCAUCGUCGGCGCGGGCGUCUCCGGGAUCGCUAUGGCGUGCAUGCUGCGCAAGCGGCUCGGCGUCGAGGACUUUGUCAUCCUCGACAAGGAGCCUGCGCCUGCCGGCACCUGGAGCGUGAACACAUACCCCAACGCCGGCUGCGAUGUGCCCUCGCCCGUGUACUCCUUCUCCUUCCGCCAGAAGACGGACUGGAGCAGUUUCUUCCCCAAGCAGGCUGAGCUGCGCGAGUACUUCCUCACUGUCGUCGCCGAGUACCGCCUCAACGACCGCAUGCACCUCUCCACGACGGUGCGCGAGGCGCGCUUCGACAAGUCGACCAGCCUCUGGCACCUCUGGUGCGAGGACGUCGACGGCGGCGAGCUGCACCACUACGUCGCGCCUGUCUUUGUCUCGGCCGUUGGCGGCCUGAGCCAGCCCAACGAGUGCACCAUCGACGGGCACGAGACGUUCGAGGGCCCGCUCUUCCACUCUGCGCGCUGGAACCAUGACGCGGACCUGAACAACAAGAACGUGAUCGUGGUGGGCAACGGCUGCUCCGCCACGCAGUUCGUUCCGCCGGUCGCGGAGAAGGCCAAGUCGCUCACGCAGUUCGUGCGCUCGAAGCACUGGUACGCGCCCGUGCCCAAGGACCCCUUCACGAAGCUGCCCGGCUGGCGCUGGCUCGUGCGGCACUUUGCCUUCUUCCGCAACCUGCAGCGCUUCCUCGUGUGGAUGGUGCUCGAGUCGCACUUCUUCAUCACGCAGCUCAACCCCAUCGGCCACGUGUUCCGCUGGUGGUGGGCGCGCAAGUGCACCGCCAACGUCAAGAACAAUGCGCCGAAGGAGUACUGGCCCAUGCUGCUCACGACGCAGAAGGAGAUGAAGGUCGGAUGCAAGCGGCGCGUGAUUGACGAGACGUACCUGCCGGCGCUGAAGCGCAACAACGUGCACCUCGAGUCGAGCAAGCUCGUCAAGAUCCACCCCAAGCACGUCGAGACGGCCGACGGGCGCAAGCUCCCGGCGGAUGUGAUCAUCCUCGCCACGGGCUUCGCCACGGCGCGCAACGGGUUCCCGAUGACCAUCUGGGACAAGGAGGGCCGGGAGAUCCACGAGCACUUUGAGCGCCACGGCGGCGGCGGACCCAUGUCAUACCGCUCGACGAUGCUCAGCGGCCUGCCCAACUUCUUCACCUGCGUGGGCACGAACAGCGCGACGGGCCACAUGAGCCUGAUCUUUACGAGCGAGGCGCAGAUCAGCUACAUCAUCGAGCUCAUCAAGCCCAUCGUCCAGGCGCCGCGGCCCACCGACGCGCAGAUCAAGCACCUGCCCGGGCAGGCGCAGCUGCCGACGGCGCGCGCGCUGCCCAGCGUCGACGUCAAGCUCGAGGCCGAGCUGCAGGAGCAGCAGUGGAUCCAGCACGCCAUGGCGAAGCUCGUGUUCAGCACGGGCUGCGGCUCGUGGUACGUCGACAAGGCCUCGGGGCGCGUCACGGCCAUGUACCCGGACUGGCAGUGGCGCUUCCUGCAGCGCGCCACGUUCCCCGUGUGGGACGACCUCAUCUACACGGGCCUGCCGCGCAACGCCAGCCGGCCGGACACGGUGCCGCUGUGGAAGCGGGCCGGCUGCUGGCUCGGCCUGGGCACGGUGCCGCGCGUCUCGGCGCAGCAGGCGCAGAAGGACACGCAGGCCCUCAAGAAGGCCGCCUAGACGGAGAGGUGCCUCGCGACUCGUAGAUGCUGCCCUGCCCUGCCGACUGUAUUUCAUGACCUGACGUGCCUAAUGCUAUGCCUCUCUGCUUG